AUGGGAGCCACUCGCUGUCGGACACCAAUCGAGGAAAGAUUUUUCACGAACUCAUACAAAUCCGAUUUCCUUGUGUCAACCAACAAACAUCUGUCAUUACAAUCGUCUCUCUAUCAUUUUAUUCCAACAUCUUUAUUCCAUCUAUUCUCGUGCCCCGUAGAAGCUUUUGCAAUGAAGUGCCGCAUUUUAAUUACCUGCUUACUCGUCGGAAGUCUUGUGGACGCUUUUACUGUUUCAUUUCCUGGUUCUUUCCAGUCUACUACGGCAGUCUUUCUCAAGCCGAAGCAGGGCAAGCAGUUGGAGGCUGCUUUCAAUGCGGCAUACACACCCAAUAAAGACCAGGUUGGGAUUAAUGAUGCCCCGGUCGUUCCAAGUGUCGCUGAAGGAAAUGCUUUGCACGAGUUAAGGUCCUCCCCCACCUCUGCAGCACUCUCUUUUGUGCAGCGCGUCUUUUCUCUUCCUUCUUCCAUGAUAAAGCGACAUCCACAUCCCAAGAUUGAGGGCCUUCCGACCUUGCCAAGAGAAUCUGCGGAUUCAUUUCACGAUGAUGUGAUCUUGUAUCCUGUAGUUGGUUUCACCUUUGUAAGGGACGCGAAGGAUCACUGCCGGGCUUUGCCAAAGCUCCCGAACCCCUCGUGUCGGAUCUAUGCGUCGCAAGAACCGCUUUACGGCUGGUUUAGUCCAGCAUGCACUUUGAACCCUUUUGCGGAUGACUAUUGUGCUAAGCGAAAGCAAAAUGAGCUUAAAAAGUAGGACUAGGGCAACCUGUCUGGGGGCAACGCUAUUGAAAAACCUAUGAUAUACCCUCGCCAUUGCUGUCCAGCUGACUCUUCGUGAUAAGAUCUUUACCUACCAGCCUUCAUCGCCCAAGAUUUUAUUCGAUACACCACGAAAUCAUACAUGCAUAUGGUAUGCUUGCCCCAAUCAUUCAUUCUUUGACAUCAUUAGCAUGUAAAACCUCAGUAAAUUUGACGUAACACUUGCA